AUGGUAUCGUUAUUGAAUAUUUAUAAGGAUAACGAAGAGUUUAAAUUCUGGGAAGGAAAUGGGUACAAGAUUCAGGCUAAAAAAAGAGCAGUUCAGCAUGACAUGUUCAGCAGCAGCUCGGAUCUAACUGAUUCAUACUCAGAGGAAGAGCUACUAGCAAACACUUUGUAUAUUUUUCUUCUUUUAGUUGUCUUUUCAAUUAUUUUAGGAUGUACUUUAUUUGGAAUACGGGAAUAUGCAUUAUCCAAGCCUCCACUGACUCACGAUGCCGGAAUUGAGGACACAUUCUACCCUCUUCCCCCAGUGUUCAUUCCAGCACAAGCUUCAUGCACGAAGAAAGAUUCUCCCGACAGUAAUGUAGAUGAUACAAUGAACUCAGGGUCAAUAUCACCUUCUCUACCAAUAUUACAUGAAAAGAACAGAGUAGCAAAUUAUCGAAGUAACGCACAGCCAAUCACUCCCUUGGCGAGGAUAGACAUAAUUCAGUCUGAGGAAACGACUAAUGAGUUUAUUAGAGGAUCCCUUUCGAAAUACUUGAACGAAAAGUUCUCAAGUACUGAACCAUCUCCUGUUCCAGAAGAAGAUAAGAAACAGAAUAAUAAUAGUAAAAUAGUAUACUCGAUAAGACAAAUGCAUGAAAUAAGACAAAGUCAAUCUCGAUCUAGUUCCCUGGCUGAAAAUGGAGAAGCAGAUUAUCGUAUUUACAGUACCCUUAGAUAUUCUAGCUUCAUUCCUCCAUCAGUAUUUCAAUCAGCUUACACUGCAGAUAGACAAAUCAAUGAGGCUCUGUUCCUUUUGCUUCACACUACUGCAUCAGAUAUGAUAAGUGGUAUUCUGAUACGAGAUGAAGUAUUCAUCAAAACUAUGUCAGUUUUGAAUGUUGUCUCAAUUGGAUUUACGUCCAUUGGAAACCCCAAUUACUUUCUUAACUCCUUCAGUGAGUUAGUGGUUACGUUGAUAGACACAGGAAACAUCUUCAAUCUAGUGGAAGAAAUAGUAUCAGUUCCGUUACAACAGGAAUUCAUUAGUAUGGUAUUAAUUUACUUUUGGAGUAACUGGGUGUAUAGAAGUGGUGUGCUGAAGCUCUCUCAAAGAUUGAGAACGCAAGUUGAAGUACAAUUACACCAAUGGAAAAUGACUGAGCCUGAUUUAAUUGCCCCUCCUUCAAUUUUGAGAGCCUUACUUAACUUGGAGCUAGGUUUUCAUGGACUUCGGAAGAUUGAUGAUAAAUAUAAGCGAACGCUCACUGAAAAGAAUAGAGAAUUGUUGAAGUUUAUUUGCAAGGAUGCCCGAUGUAACGACUAUUUAGGAUUCUUACCAUUGAUUUCUCAAGCCAUAGGUGUGACUAAAAUAUCAGAAAAUUUACUAAUAUUUUACGACUUAGCAUUGGAAAUCAUAACUCAACAUGGGAAAUGUUGCAUGCUGAUGUAUAUAACUGAUACUACUUCAGGCUUAAAAGAAUUGGUUCAGCAUGGAUUAUGGAUCCAGCAUCAUUAUACGGUAUGCGAAAGGGCAAACAGUAUAUAUUACACUUUAAAAGAGCAGGGAUAUAAAGAGGUUGAAAGUUGGAUGGAGGAAGUACAUAGAGGCAGAACGUAUGUCUCAUCUUCGGUGGUGGAAUUUGAAAAACUAGGUAUCAAAGAUACGAGAGAAGAAAAGAAACGAGAGAGGAAGGUAGCGACUCCAGGAUCGUGGACCUUUGAGGAAGCACAUGGGGAGAAAACACAGGAAUUAAAUGGAUACGAAAAAGAAGAAAGGGGGCAUGAGAUUCAGAGAUCACCCAGUUUAAGAAGGUAUGGAUAUCAAUUACAAUAG